AGGAGUCUUAAUUGAUUGAUCUAGCAAGAUAUACCUGAGGAAACACCUGGAUAUAUACGUGGAUAAUAUACAUAUAUAUAUACACAUAUAUAUUUAUAUAUAUAUAUAUACAUCCUGUGAAGCGAUGAGAUCUCAGCAUCCAGCAAGAACAUCCAUGGACCCGAGAGGUGGAGAUGAGAAAGCAUCAUCCGUCGAGCAGGAAGAUCCGCCGCCACGCGACGCCGCCGAAAGCUUCAUGGAGACGUUCCGGACGCUCUUUGCAGUGGCCAGCUGCGUGGGCGUUCACGUUGUCACGCGUUCGAGGGACGGCGUGUACAGCGUGUCCCCCCUGAAGGUGGUGGCCGCGUGCGCUAGCCUGCUCGGGGUGACGCUACAAUUAGCGUUCAUCCUGGAUUUCGUUUUCGUGAUGGAGACGUCUUACGACCAACAGAUGGUGCUGGCGGCGUUCUUUUUCAGCGUCAGUUUCUGUUUUUUCACUUACCUCGUGUGGAUGAAGAAGUCCCACACUGUCAUGGCGUUCCUGACGCAGGUGGAUGGCAGUGGCAUCACCGUGGACAAAAAUCCGACCCUCCUGUACGUUAUACUAGCCACUUUCGCAUACUCUGGUACGUAUACCACUUGCGUGUAUAUCAUGCUGCCGCUUGACCAGCUCUCCUUCUUCUGGUUCGAGGAACUCAAGUAUAUCCUGGCGAUACCUAUCUUCUACACCUCCUUCAUCCCGAGUCUCCUGGACCUGUACAUAAUGUCGUUCCUGAGUGUGGUAGUGGCUGGCCUCAGGGCGGUUGAGGUCAGGACCAAAGGAGUUGGUCUUUGGACCUCCACACACACCAGCGUCUUGGCCGGUUCCUGGCUUCGUCUCCUUAAGCUUCUUGAUACUUUCAAUGACAUAUUCUCGUACUUGCUGCACGUACGCCAGCUGCUGUUUCUCGUGCAGGCGAUCACCUUGCUGUUCUGCAUGGCGUCGGUACAGCUGGAACAGCGCUGUGUGCUCUACUUCCUGCUGCUCCUUGGCUCCACGCUCGAGGUCGUCCUCCGCUUCUUCCUCGUCUGUGUGGCCGGAGACCGACUCCUGACGGCGCAGGAGGGAGUGUUGGAAGCCGUCCGCGAUGUCCUGUGUGGCCGACGGACCUCAGCCUUCCACGCCCUCACCGCCCACCACACGGGACUCAUGCCCCAAGCAACCACGAAGAGCCUGCUGGAUCAAAAGAACGACGCUGGGAUGAGGAUUGAUAUAGGCGGCUUGGAACACUUGGGUCUUCACAAUCUCCUCUGUAGGAUGGAGUCCAAACCCCUCUGUGUCCUCACAUGGGGUACUUCAAGGUUGAGUGGGAGGACCUUUGUGUCGUGUAUGGGGAUUGUGACGACCUUCCUGGUCGUUCUCCUGCAGCUGAGGCCCUAUUUGAACCAGAACCAGCCCACCACCACCACCUGGUUCGGUCCCUUCGAUGACAGCAACCUCUUCUGCUGCUUCCGGACCAUGAAGUUCCAGCGACCCACCUGAAGAAGGAAGCGUUAGUUGCUAGUUGAGAGGAGGGUGGGUGGGUGAAGGGUGUGUGUGUGUGUGUGUGUUUGUGUGUGUGUGUGUGUGUGUUUGAGUGUGGAUGAGUGUGUAUGUGUGUGUGAGGGUCAGUGUGAGUGUGUGUAGAUAAGCUUGAGACUCGUUCUACACGUGUUCCAUACCUACAACACAGAUGUUCUUCACGCUAGAUUCCUCCCUAUGUAUACCUGCGUCUACAUGAGUGUAUACAUGAUCUUGACGUCAAGGUUCAC